CUCCCAUUUAAAGCGUACGAUUCCCCCAGCGAGUCAGCAGUUUUAUCACGCCAGCGAGUUAAUAAACAUCUGGAACCAGCUAGCUCCGUAGUAUUAGCCCAUUUGAAACGCCAUUAGUUCGUAGAUUCGGGAAAACCCAGUGAGUGGAAGAGGAAAACCAAGAUGUACGGGAUUGAUAAUUACCCCAAGAAUUAUCAUGCCAGUGGCAUUGGCCUGGUCAACCUGGCGGCCUUGGGCUACAGCAAGAAUGAAGUCAGCGGCGGCAGCGAAGGAGGAGCCCAAAAGCCCAAAGCGGGUCUCUACCCCUCGCUGCCUUAUCCCUCGUCGGAAUCCGUGGGCGGAAUGCCAUAUGUGGUGAAGCAGACGAGUCACGCCCAGAAUGCCUCGUACCAGGGACCCGGAAUGGGCAUGGGAAUGCCCGUGCCAGGUGCUCCGUCGGCACCAUCACCCUAUCCCAGUGCCACGCCAUACCCGGGAGGUGGUCUCUACCCCAGUCUGCCCUCGGCCGGAUCUUCGCUGCCGUAUCCCACUGCCCCAAUGGCCCCCUAUCCAACCGGAAUGCCCUACCCAGGUGGCAUGCCACAGCCUAACCUUCCCUACCCGGCUGCUCCACUAGCACCAUAUCCAACGGCCAUGCCCGGCCUCCCAGGCAUGCCAAUGCCGUACGCUCCCAUGCCAACGAGUCCGGCUCCCCAGCACAGCGCUGGAUUCCCAGCUCUGCCAUAUCCGACGGCUCCACCACCGGCCAGUGCUCCUACUCAGGAGGAGGAACCUUCCGUGGGCGUUGCCGAGCUGAGCUUCACCAGCGUCAAGGUGCCGGAGAACCAGAAUAUGUUCUGGAUGGGUCGCAAGGCCACCAGUGCUCGGCAGAACAGCGUCAGCAAGGGAGAUUUCGAAUCCCUUCGCGCCAGCUGCGUGGCCAAUGGAACCAUGUUCGAGGAUCCCGACUUUCCGGCCACCAAUGCCUCGCUGAUGUACUCCCGGCGACCAGAUCGCUAUUACGAGUGGCUGCGUCCCGGCGACAUUGUUGACGAUCCGCAGUUCUUUGUGGAGGGCUAUUCGCGUUUCGAUGUUCAACAAGGAGAACUUGGCGAUUGCUGGCUCCUGGCUGCAGCGGCCAACCUCACGCAGGACUCGAAGCUGUUCUUCCGGGUGAUCCCUCCGGAUCAGGAUUUCCAGGAGAACUACGCUGGAAUCUUCCACUUCAAGUUUUGGCAGUAUGGCAAGUGGGUGGAGGUGGUCAUCGAUGAUCGCCUUCCGACUUAUAAUGGCGAGCUAAUCUAUAUGCACUCCACGGAGAAGAACGAGUUCUGGAGCGCCCUGUUGGAGAAGGCCUACGCAAAGCUCCAUGGUUCCUAUGAAGCUCUCAAGGGCGGCACCACCUGCGAGGCCAUGGAGGACUUCACUGGCGGCGUCACCGAGUGGUAUGACAUCAAGGAGGCUCCUCCAAAUCUAUUCAGCAUCAUGAUGAAGGCCGCCGAGCGUGGUUCGAUGAUGGGCUGCUCCCUAGAGCCGGAUCCACACGUCCUGGAGGCGGAGACCCCUCAGGGUCUGAUCCGCGGACAUGCUUACUCCAUCACGAAGGUGUGCCUCAUGGACAUCUCGACACCGAAUCGCCAGGGCAAGCUGCCCAUGAUUCGCAUGCGUAAUCCAUGGGGUAACGAUGCCGAGUGGAGCGGUCCAUGGAGCGAUAGCUCGCCUGAGUGGCGCUUCAUACCGGAGCACACCAAGGAGGAUAUUGGCCUGAAUUUCGAUCGAGACGGCGAGUUCUGGAUGUCCUUCCAGGACUUCCUCAACCACUUUGAUCGUGUGGAGAUCUGUAACUUAUCGCCCGACUCGCUGACUGAGGAUCAACAGCAAAGCUCUCGUCGCAAGUGGGAGAUGUCCAUGUUUGAGGGUGAGUGGACAUCGGGCGUAACGGCCGGAGGCUGCAGAAACUUUCUGGAGACCUUCUGGCACAAUCCGCAGUAUAUCAUAUCGCUUGAGGAUCCCGACGACGAGGAUGAUGAUGGCAAGUGCACAGCUAUUGUGGCGCUGAUGCAAAAGAACCGGCGCAGCAAGCGCAAUGUGGGCAUUGAUUGCCUGACCAUUGGAUUUGCCAUUUAUCAUCUGACGGAUAGGGACAUGCAGGUGAAGCCCCAGGGGCUGAACUUCUUCAAGUACCGCGCUUCGGUGGCCCGAUCACCGCAUUUCAUUAACACGCGUGAGGUAUGCGCCAGGUUCAAGUUGCCUCCUGGUCACUACCUGAUCGUUCCUUCGACGUUCGAUCCGAAUGAGGAGGGCGAGUUCAUCAUUCGCGUCUUCUCCGAGACAAUGAACAACAUGGAGGAGAACGACGACGAGGUGGGCUUUGGCGAGACAGAUGACCGCAUCGCCCCGGCUCUGCCGCCACCAACUCCAAAGGAGGAGGAUGAUCCGCAGCGCAUAGCCCUGCGUCGCCUGUUCGACAGCGUGGCUGGCAGCGAUGAGGAGGUGGACUGGCAGGAGCUGAAGCGCAUCCUGGACCACUCAAUGCGCGACGUUAUGGUGGGCGCCGAUGGCUUCUCCAAGGAUGCCGUGCGUUCGAUGGUGGCCAUGCUGGACAAGGAUCGCUCCGGCCGCCUGGGCUUCGAGGAGUUCGAGGCUCUGCUUACCGAUAUUGCCAAGUGGCGUGCGGUCUUUAAACUGUAUGACACUCGCCGCACUGGCAGUAUCGAUGGAUUCCAUCUGCGCGGAGCGCUCAAUUCGGCUGGCUACCAUCUGAACAACCGGCUCCUGAACGCCCUGGCCCAUCGCUACGGUUCGCGGGAGGGACAAAUACCAUUCGACGAUUUCCUGAUGUGUGCUAUAAAGGUGAGGACAUUUAUCGAGAUGUUCCGCGAACGGGAUACGGACAAUUCGGAUACCGCCUUCUUCAAUCUGGACGACUGGCUGGAGAGAACAAUUUACUCUUAAAUCACUUGCAAUUGAUACUAAUCUAAUCCUAAGUGCCACGAAUACUUAACAUACAUACCUGUGCAUUAUAUUAUUCAUGCAUGAUGCAUGAUAUGAGCAAAGCAACACACAGAUCCAUGACAAUGCAGCCCGAAGAUCGGGAGAGAUACACUCACUUAGCCAACAAGAUAAUCUUAUCAGAUGACAAAGUCCGGAAAUACAACCUCAUGGGGCGAAAUUGGAGUGGCCUUGGAAUGGCACGAACCGCAUACACAAUUUAUACAAUUUACACUAUAGCUUUUAUACUAUACGGAGCCACUGGAGGGAUGACUAAGAGCGAGCAUCAAUAAAAAGUUGCUCUGCGCACCUCGACAAGAGCUGGAAAUUUGCUAGUAUAAAUGGAAAAGUGCAUUACUACCUUACGUUUGCUACGAGACACUCGAAAAGCCAUUAAUAAGCAUCAACAAUAUUUAUAAGAUAUACGGAUUGAAUAAGCAUGUAUUUUUGUAACAUUGUAAUCUCCGAGCCGCCACAUUACACAUAUGUUCAGGUGCUAGAACAAAAUCCAACCAGACUCUGUUGUCCAAACAAAAGUUGUUAUUAAUAUCAGGGAAGAAAAGCAAAGCGAACAGACCCAAUCCCUCAUCGAAUAAUUAUAAGAUUUAUCAAUAUAUGCAAAUAUCAGUAAAUUUAUUGAAUUCAGUAUAAGCUUGUACUUCCCCUACAAUUUCUAUUUCGUUUUCUGAUCAGCAAUCUCAAAAUAUGUAAUCCUUAAGCACCCUCUGCUUUUAAAAUGCUAAACUAACUGAGAUUAACCAAUUGGUAUAAGAGGCUUUUUGUUGGACGCUUUUAAACUAUACUAUAAUUUUUGUGAACAAUUUAACUAAUCAAAAUUGUCUAUAUUUAUGUAUUUGUUACCAUCGAAAAUUUGAUUGUUGUAUGCAUACUUUUUUAUGUAAAUAAAUGAACCACAGUGAUGCACUA